UUUACAACAUCUUUGCCAAAACGAAUCGAAUUGGUUAUUUAUUCACUGCAAGAAAUGAAAUUGGAUUGAAGUGUGCAUGGAUUUGUACAAGCUGAGGUUUGGCUCCCUGUAGACGGUGAUGGCGCCAGGGGAUAUGGUGCCGGAACAUGCCAAGCAGCAUAAGCUCAAACAGGAGAAGGAGAAGCUUCAGAGCACCACCAGGCCUGAUAGAGACUCUGAGCCAGAUGGAUCUUUUGUCUUUGAGGCCCACGAUGCAUGGAAGGACUUCCACAACUCUUUGCGCCAGUUCUACGAAGUGGGGGAGCUCUGUGAUGUUACACUGAAGGUGGGAAGCAGGCUGAUACCAUGCCACAAGCUGGUGCUGGCCUGUGUCAUCCCUUACUUCAGGGCCAUGUUCUUGUCUGAGAUGUCAGAGGCCAAACAGGACCUGAUAGAGAUCAAGGACUUUGACGGAGGCGCCAUCCACGACCUGGUGCGUUUUGCCUACUCCUCCCGCCUGACCCUGACAGUGGACAACGUGCAGCCUCUCCUCUAUGCAGCCUGUAUUCUGCAGGUGGAGCUGGUCGCCAGGGCCUGCUGUGAGUAUAUGAAGGCACACUUCCACCCCUCCAACUGCCUGGCUGUCCGCACCUUUGCCGAGAGCCACAACCGCGUCGACCUGAUGGACAUGGCGGACCGGUAUGCUUGCGAGCACUUCCGGGAGGUGGUGGACUGUGAGGACUUCCUGUGCGUGUCGCCUCAGCACCUGAGAACCCUGCUGUCCUCCAGCGAACUGAACAUCCACUCUGAGAGACAGGUUUACAACGCUGCUGUCAAGUGGCUGAAGGCCAACCCCCAGCACCAUGAGGCCUGGCUGGAACAGAUCAUGACUCAGGUGCGCCUCCCCCUGCUCCCAGUAGACUUCCUGACAGGCACGGUGGCCAAGGAAGAGAUGAUCAAAGGAAAUCUGAGCUGCCGGGAUCUGCUGGAUGAGGCCAGGAACUAUCACCUGCACCUCAGCAACAAGGUGGUGCCUGACUUUGAGUAUUCAGUCCGCACCACGCCUAGGAAACAUACUGCAGGGGUAUUGUUCUGUGUUGGUGGCCGGGGAGGUUCUGGUGACCCGUUCCGCAGCAUCGAGUGUUACUCCAUCAGCAAGAACAGUUGGUUCUUCGGGCCUGAGAUGAACAGCAGGAGACGCCAUGUUGGAGUAAUUUCUGUAGGAGGUAAAGUGUAUGCAGUAGGGGGCCAUGAUGGUAGUGAACACCUGGGCAACAUGGAGAUGUUUGAUCCUCUCACCAACAAGUGGAUGAUGAAAGCUUCCAUGAACACUAAAAGGAGAGGCAUAGCUUUGGCAGCUCUGGGAGGUCCUAUCUACGCCAUCGGUGGUCUAGAUGACAACUCCUGUUUCAACGAUGUAGAGAGAUACGACAUCGAGAGUGACCACUGGAGUGCUGUGGCUCCCAUGAACACGCCCAGAGGUGGAGUGGGCUCUGUGGCCUUAGGGAGCCACGUGUAUGCUGUGGGGGGUAACGACGGUGUGGCCUCUCUAUCCAGUGUGGAGAGGUUUGACCCACAUCUCAACAAGUGGACGGAGGUCAGGGAGAUGGGCCAGAGACGGGCAGGGAACGGAGUCAGCGAGCUCAACGGGUGUCUCUAUGUAGUGGGUGGUUUUGAUGACAACUCCCCGCUGAGUUCUGUGGAGCGUUUUGACCCCCGUCUGAGUCGCUGGGACUACGUCUCUGAGCUGACCACGCCCCGGGGCGGAGUGGGUGUGGCCACGGUUAUGGGUUGCGUGUUUGCGGUUGGAGGUCACAACGGGAACAUCUACCUCAACACAGUGGAAGCCUUUGACCCCCGCAUGAACAGAUGGGAGCUGGUGGGAUCGGUGUCUCACUGUCGGGCCGGCGCAGGAGUGGCUGUCUGCUCCUCUCACAUCAGCCAUAUCAGGGACGUGGGCCAGGGCUCCAGCAACGUGGUGGACUGCAUGUGAUCCCUGAGCUGAUCACACCGACCGACUGCACGGGAAGACCAACCCAACCCAAGCACUCAACCACACUGUCACUGAACAGGAGCACUAGUGGUUGUUCCUUUAAGCACUGACUGGAGGGUUCUGCCCAAAGAAUGUAAGAGGAGCGCUGCACCACCUUGUGAACUAGCUGCGCCACUUUGAGAAAUAAGAGGCUUAACUUUAUUUGUUUAUCAUAUAAGGCAACUUUUUGCUCUCGAUUGCAGGAAAUGGCACUUACAGGUGUUGAAAACCUUUAUCAAGUGUAAAUGGCUGAGAGUUGAGCUUUAGACAUCAUAUUAAACAAGCCUUGUGAAUAUCAGCUUGUAUUUUAAGAGCAACAAGUUAGUACUUACAGUGCAUUCGGAAAGUAUUCGGACCACUUGACUUUUUCCACAUUUUGUUACAUUACAGCCUUAUUCUAAAAUGGAUUAAAUAGUUUCCCCCCCCUCAUCAAGCUACACACCAUACCCCAUAAUGACAAAGCAAACCAUUUUUGAAAAUGUAUUAAAAAUAAAAAAACAGAAAUAUCACAUUUACAUAAGUAUUCAGACCCUUUGCUCAGUACUUUAUUGAAGCAUCUUUGGCAGCGAUUACAGCAUUGAGUCUUCUUGGCACACCUGUAUUUGGGGCAUUUCUCCCAUUCUUCUCUGCAGAUACUCUCAAGCUCUAUCAGGUUGGAUGGGGAUCGUUGCUGCACAGCUAUUUUCAGGUCUCCAGAGAUGGUCUGAUCAGGUUCAAGUCUGGACUCUGGCUGGGUCACUCAAGGACAUUCAGAGACUUGUCCCGUAACCACUCCUGCGUUGUCUUGGCUGUGUGCUUAGGGUCGUUGUCCUGUUGGAAGGUGAACCUUCGCCUCAGUCUGAGGUCCUGAGCACUCUGGAUCUCUGUACUUUGCUCUGUUCAUCUUUCCCUCGAUCCUGACUAGUCUCCCAGUCCCUGCCGCUGAUGGUGCCAGGUUUCCUCCAGACGUGACGCUUGGCAUGUAGGCCAAAGAGUUCAAUCUUGGUUUCAUCAGACCCGAAAAUCUUGCUUUUGUCUGGCCACUCAACUGUAAAGGCCUGAUUUGGUGGAGUGCUGCACAGAUGGGAGAACCUUCCAGAAGGACAACCAUCUCCACAGAGGAACUCUGGAGCUCUGUCAGAGUAACCACCUCCCUAACCAAGGCCCUUCUCCCCACGAUGGCUCAGUUUGGCCGGGUGGCCAGCUCUAGGAAGAGGCUUGGUGGUUCCAAGCUUUUUCCAUUUUUAAGAAUGAUGGAGGGCACUGAUCUUGGGGACCUUCAAUGCUGCAGAAUGGUUUUGGUACCCUUCCCCUAGUCCUUUCCGCGACAUGGACAAUUCUUUCGAACCUCAUGGCUUGGUUUUUGCUCUGACUUGCACUGUCAAUUGUGGGACCUUAUAUAGACCGGUGUGUGUCUUUCAAAUCAUGUCCAAUCAAUUUAAUUUACUACAGGUGGACUGAUCAAUGGAAACAGGAUGCACCUGAGCUCAAUUUCGAGUCUCAUAGCAAAGGAUCUGAGUACUUAUGUAAAUAAGGUAUUUUUGUUUUUUAUAAAAUUUCUAAAAACCUGUUUUCGCUUUGUCAUUAUGGGGUAUUGUGUGUAGAUUAAGGUAAUCAAUUAAUUUCAUACAUUUUACAAUAAGGCUGUAACGUAACAAAAUGUGGAAAAGUCAAGAUAUCAAUUUCACAUUCAUCACCGUCUGGUAGAUAAACUGAGAGCUCUUCAUAGGUUCCCAGCAGUCUCUCAUAUAAAACGGUGAGAGAGAGUGGAUUGUGGAGCUGUUUAAAGACUCAGUAAACAGAACCGGGUUUAGGAUAGAAAUCAGUUGACAUUCUUUUGAUUCCAGUUAAACCAAGGAGACGAUGCUUUUAUUUUUAGUUUGUUUUUUUAUUUCGGGGCUUUCUAGCAGUUCCAUCUGCAUAGGCUCAGUGAUGCUAAAACCUCUUCAGUGUUAGCAUUAGCUAGCUGUAGCCUUUUUGCGUUUGAACAAUCAUUCCUGACAGACUGAGUCUCAUUGGGAUGUAUAAAACUAUGAAAGUCUUUUGCAGAGUUAGAUUAACUUGUGCUACAAUAAAAUAGGUUUUUGAAAUGGCUGAGGGACUAGAGCUACCCCUCUGUACAGACAGUCUGGGGUCUUAGCAGAGUGCUACCCCUACUCUCUGUAUUCUACUCGAAGAUAGCUGAGCUGUCAGUAAACAAGUGUGCUUUCAGACGUGUGAAGAUUAAUCUUCUAUCUGCCAAAUGGUUAAUAUAUAUUUUAAUAUAUGGAGUUGUGUAUUAUGAAACCUGUGUAUCUUUGGUGUUAUUCUUUACCAGAUAUCUUUAAUGUAUUGUUGUGGACUACUUUCCUGCAAUAGUCAGGGGUUUGAACAUACAGUAUUGUGUCCUAUGGCAAUUUUGAUGCAAUUUGAAAAUGUUUUGACAGUGUCUGCUCUUUUUUUGAGGCUUUGAGUUUGAAGCUUGUUCCUCACCCUUAUUUUCUUGUAUAUCCUCCUGGUCAUGUUAAAGCAUUUCAGGUAGUUCUGGAUUUUAUUGUAAAACUGCUGUUGGUCAAAACAUUAACUGAAGAUUUAGAUUUUUAAAACAAAAAUGUUUGAAGAGAUGAUGUGUAUAUAUAACAUUAAGAACAACUGAUCUUUCCAUGGUAGACUGGCCAGGUUUAUCUAGGUGAAAGCUAUGAACCCUUAUUGAUGUCACUUGUUAAAUCCACUUCAAUCGGUGUAGAGAUUAAGGAUUUUCAUGCCUUGAGACAUGGAUUGUGUGUGUGUGCCAUUCAGAGGGUGAAUGGGCAAGACAAAAGAUUUGUGCCUUUGAAUGGGGUAUGGUAGUAUGGGGACAGGCGCAACGGUUUGUGUCAAGAACAGCAACGCUGCUAAGUUUUUCAUCUGUGUAUCAAUAUUGGUCCAUCACCCAAAGGAUAUCCAGCGAACUUGACACAACUGUGGGAAGCAUUAGUCAACAUGGGUCAUCAUCCCUGUGGAACGCUUUCGACACUUUGUAAAGUCUAUGCCCCCAUGAAUUGAGGCUGUUAUGAGGCAAAAGGGGGGGGGCUGCACACAAUAUUAGGGAGGUGUUCCUAAUGUUUGUUAUAUUUGCUCUUGUACCCCCAAUUUUGAAUUGUUGCACCUUUGGUUUGCUGUAUUCUACAAUUCAACUGUAAAUGCUGCCUCUUAUCAUACAUUACACCAGGGGUGUAUACUGACUUGCCAACCAUAACAUAGAAUAUGAAAGAUUGUGCUUUUUUUGAACAUUUGUUUAUUGGUUCAGUUGUAUGCUGUCUCGUCAUUUCCUCCCCUUUUUUACAGCUUGAAUCUUAAUUUACUGUUCAUUUAGUUGGUAUUACUAUAAUAAAGCUGUCAAUGUAUAGAUUUAAAAAAAUAUAUUGCACAUUUAUUGAAAAUGAAAUAUAUCAAAGUCAAUGAUGAAUUUGUCUCCCAGUGUUGUUGGAAAGCAGACUGAACAAGGUUUUUCUCUAGAAUUUUCCUGUGCUUAGCUCAAGCAUACCCAUUACAUCAGUGAUGUGUUGUGUUGGAUUUGCACCUAACAUAACGCUUUGUAUUCAGGACAAAGUUUUUAAAAAUGGCAUGUUUUUUGCAGUGUUUUACUAUUAAGCGAUUAAAGCCAUUCAACUCUGA